ACGUUUGUUUGAGUAGACACAAUAUGCUGGCAACUAGAAGAAGCAAAAGGAACCGUGUGCCGUCAGAUAGUGACGACCUACACCAUCAAAAGAGAAUCAAGAAUGGACUGACAUCCAUUAAGAUGGAACAAAAGCAGCCACUGUCAUCAGUACCACAAAAUAUACCUAGUAUCCCAAUUAUUACUAAGCAGGAAAUUUCGAAGGUCAAAGAGGAGGAUAUCUCCAGCAGUGAGGAUGAUGAUGAGGAGGAAUGGGAUUUAGAGAAAAGAAGACAGAGAAACAUUCAGGACAAUGCAGAAAUCUUCUCACGAUUAGGAUUUCAGGAGGCAAAAGUGGAGUUGAAGAUGUCCUCUAAAAAAUACAAGCCAAAACCUGCUACAAAGAGGAUGAAGGUUCCUAAACCAGUAUUACCCAGUAGGAGGAGCCAGAGGUUACAGCGAAUUGACCCUGAUGGUCAACCUCUUCCAGAACUUCCUGUUGUCGAAACUCCAGUGUUUGAACAUGCCAGAAAACCCUCCGGCCCUUUGUCUAUGGUGGAUGCCUUGUUUACAGGUAACCCAGUGGAGGAUCAUCACCUGCUUCUGUCUCGUCUUGAUGACAUGAAGGUGAAGGUCAGCUUUAAAAAAGAGGAUAACUCCUCCUUAACAAGUUUUGUCAAAGAUUUAAACAAACUGAGGUUGCAUGGAGACAGAGUUUCCAAAGUUGUGCCAGACAGAAUCUUCUCCCUUGCCAUACAUCCUGUAGAAAAUCGCACACUAGUGAUGGCAGGGGACAAAUGGGGAAAGCUGGGAUUUUGGGAUGUGGUGCGAGAUAAAUCGGACGAAACAGAUGGUAUAGUUGUGUACCACCCUCAUUCACGACCAAUCAACGAUCUUCGAGUCUCUCCUUACAAUCAUCAACAAAUCAUCUCAGCCAGCUAUGAUGGAACUUCUCGAUGCUGCGAUCUACAGAAGGCUGUGUUUGAUGAGGUUUAUGUCACAGAUGAAGAUGAUGAUAAUCUGUUGAAGAAUUUUGACUUUGUUUCUGCAGACACUCUCGUUUAUUCCCAGCAGGAUGGCACAGUUGCUUUUGUGGACAGAAGAACCCCUGGGACAAAUGCAGAGAAUGUAUACUCCCUUCAUCCCAAGUCGUUACGUACUGUCUCUGUUCAUCCACUGAAGAGCCAUGUCAUCCUCACAGGCAGCACUGAUUGUACAGCAAAGGUUUGGGACAUGAGGAAUCUGAAGACGGGGGGUAAGUCCAAUAAAUGGCUGGAUGAGAUUGGUCACAGUAAGAAUGUUUACAGUGCUUACUUCUCACCGAUCAGCGGAAAGUAUAUCCUGACCACAUCACUUGACGGUACUCUCAAUGUGGUGGAAUGUACAGAAUCUGGAAAACUGGGAAAGAGAAAAGUUAUCAGACACAAUAACCAUGUGGGUAGAUGGCUGACUCCAUUUCGAGCAUCAUGGCAUCCCUCACGUGAGGAUGUGUUUGUGGUGGGAAGUAUGGAAAGACCUAGACAGAUACAAGUAUACGACAGUGAGGGUAAGAUCCUCCGUAACCUAACAGACCCAGAUAGUUUGGGAUCAGUCUGUUCCCUCAAUGCAUUCCACCCAACAAGAAAUGUGUUAGUGGGAGGGAACUCAAGCGGCAGAUUGCAUGUGUUCAUGUAGAAAGGAUCCAGCAACAAAUAUUGCAGAAAAGUGAAUUCAUUUUAAAGUAAAAGAGGGUGAAAUUAAGCAGUUUGUGGACAGGAAACUUGUCCAGAUGAUUGAACUGCUGUAGUCUGGGCAAGAAAGCCAAAGGAUUUUCUGUAAACUGGAUACAGUAUUAGAUAUCUAUAAAGAAAGCUUUGUUGUAGAUAUUCCAAAGAGAACUAAGAAAAAACUAAUUCUGUGUAGGACACUGUCAGGCUGAAAUGAAUGUGACUUGUUUUUCUGUUCCCAAACAGAUUUGAAAAUUUGUACAACUAGAUGUAUCCUUUUUUUUUUAAAUUCAUUUAAAAACAUAUGAUUUUAAAGUUAUCUUAAGAACCAAAAUGUUUUACUGCUGCAGAACAUUUUACUGUUUUACACCAGUACAUGUAAUAUCUAUUUUACACAUUUAUUGGUUUAAGAAAGAAAGGGAACAAAGAAUUAUAUAAAAAUAAACAAACAGAUUUGUAUUUUGUAUCCAUUUUACUGUGUAUAGUGUGUAAUUUUGUGUUAACCUUAUUGGACUACAUUCAUAUAUGAUUGUUGAUAUUCAUGUUGUAAUUGGUUUAAUUUUUUAGCUCACCUGAGCCAAAGGUUUAAGUAAGUUUUUCUAAUCGAAGGGUGUCCGGCGUCUGUCAAGUGUUGUCUGUAAACUUUUCACAGUUUUGACUUCUUUUCCAGAACCACUACUCCAAUUUCAAUCAAACUUGCCAAAACAUCUUUGGGCAAAUGAAGGGCCACACCCCUUCAAGGGGAGAUAAUUAAGAGUUAGUGAAAAUAUAAUGGCAUCUUUUAAAAAUUUUCUUCUCAAGAACCACUGGGCCAGAAAAAAAGAAACUCAUUUGAAAGCUUCAUUUUAUAGUGUAGAUUCAAGUUUGUUGAAAUCAUGACCAUCUGGGGUAGGGUUGUGCCACAAUGGGUGAUCAAAGUCUUACAUAUGAUUACGUAGAAAUAUUCCUUAAAUAUUGUCUCAGCCAUGAUUAGUUAUAUUGAUAUGAAAGCAUUCUCCGGUAGCACAGAUUCAAGUUUGAUCAAAUAAUGACCCCCCAGGGGUAGGAUGGGGCCACAACAAGAUCAAACUUUUACAUGGGAAUAUACAGUUGAACUUCAGUAUCUCGAACACUGAUAUCUCGAAUACCAUGGAUAUAUUGAAGUGAUUUGGAAGUCCCAACCACUUAUUCUUUAAUUUUACUCCUGAUAUCUCAAAUUCUCAGAUAUCUGGAAGUUUUUUCUUGGUCCCAUCGAGUUCGAGAUA